AGCCAUGGCGACGACAGCUCAGUAUAUCCCGCGGAAUAACUCGUUGCCUUCCAACCCUCUCAUGCACCCGGACUCGGACCGGAUGCACCAGGGCACGACCUAUCGAGAAGUGCAGAAGAUGAUGCACCACGAGUACCUUCAAGGGCUCGCGGCGUCCAACGCGGGCCAUCCAAUGAGCCUGACGCACCACCAGUGGCUGCCCACAUCCGGCGCAGACUGGAGCAGCGGGACGCACCUCGGCCAGCAGCCUGAGCACAAGGCCAGCGUGCCUGCGAGCCGCGACGAGCUGACCAGUGGCUACCACAGGUCGCAUUUGGUGCACCAGGCUGCACAGAACGGCCACCAUGGCUCCUGGGCACCGAGCAACACCACGCAUCACCUGUCGCCGCUGUCGCCCGCUUCAGGGGGCCACCAGUCACUGGUCUACUCUCAGACAGGCUAUGCGAUGCUGAGCCCGCAACCGUCGCUGCAUCACGGCAUGCGCGAGCCGCUGCACGACGAUGCCGGCGGUCAUGAACAUCAGCUCGAGUCUCCGCAGCAGCCGUUUGGGCACCACCAGGACCACUCAGACGAGGACGCGCCCAGCUCCGACGACCUUGAGCAGUUCGCCAAGCAGUUUAAGCAGCGGCGCAUCAAACUCGGCUUCACACAAGCGGACGUCGGGCUUGCGCUCGGCACGCUCUACGGCAACGUGUUCUCUCAGACCACCAUCUGCAGGUUCGAGGCACUACAACUCAGUUUCAAGAACAUGUGCAAACUUAAGCCGCUGCUCAACAAAUGGUUAGAGGAAACAGACUCGAACACGGGCAGCCCGACUAACUUGGACAAGAUCGCAGCGCAGGGCCGCAAGCGCAAGAAGAGGACCUCGAUCGAGGUCGGGGUGAAAGGGGCGCUGGAGAACCACUUCCUGAAGUGCCCCAAACCCUCGGCGCACGAGAUCAGCACGUUGGCCGGCACGCUGCAGCUGGAGAAAGAGGUCGUGCGCGUGUGGUUUUGCAACAGGAGACAGAAAGAGAAAAGGAUGACCCCGGUGGGGGUCGCGCAUCCGAGCAUGGAGGACGUUUACUCACAGGCGGAGACCCCUCCGCUUCACCACACGCUACAAAGCCCCGUCCAGUGACUGUCCUCCUGAGUGAAGCUCUUAUUUCAACAGAAACACAACAAGAACAUCGAUAGAGAAAAAAAAGGGGGACUAGGGAUUUCAACAGUAUCUAAUUUUUCUAUUUAUUUAUUUUUGUUUUGCAUUUGUUAUCCCGAGUGACAAUGCACGCAGCAAAGUUGGGUGAAAAAGAUUUUCUCGCUGCAGACCGGAGACUGUGGUGCAACAACAGUAAACGGGACGCAAAUGAUAAAGGGGAACAAAAUGCAUGAAUGACUGCACAGUCAAAUUGAUGUGCAUUUUAGGGAAUCCCGUUUUCACAAAAGAAAAAAAGCAACCGUAUUGAUUUGAAAGUGUUCUGUUGGAGAAAAUAAUAAUUCGAUUAUUUCAGCGCUGCUCAAAAGGAGCCAUAUGCCACAAAAGAGAUCUCUCUCUCUCUCUCUCUCUCUCUCUCUCUCUCUCUCUCUCUCUCUCAUCGCUGUUGCAGGGUUAACCUGAUGUGGUGGUGGUUGUCUGAUCUGUUGUCAACAAAGGAAACAGUCACGGUUUUUUGUUUUGUUUUGUUUUUACAUUAUAACAAUUAACAGAGUCACUGUUGCAGUAUAGUUGUCAGAUCAUUUUUGUUAUGUUUGCUUUAUUUGGGAUGUUUUAACAGUGUUGUUUGUUUUACUGAUUUGGACCUUUUUUAUUUUGGACUUUCCGUGUAGGAUCGACAAGUCAAACAUUUUGCCCAAAACAAAAGCCACUGAGCCAUCAUUUGGAGAUGCACCUUGUUUACAAAUGUCCAGCACCUGAUUUCCUCUGAACUGUAGAAAAGAGGGCACUGUAAAUCAUAACGAUCUGAAACACACGAGUUUGUCAUUUUGCGUUGAAUUCGCCUCCUUUCCCUCUUUUUUAUAAGCACUUAUUUUUGCGUUAACAUGGUCGCAAUUAUUUAUGUUUUGUUCAUGAUAGCUAAAGCGUGAUAGUUGUGUGAUAAGAUGUAUAACGAGAUGUUUUCUUGUUUACAGUUUCUGUAACUCAUUCAAAUGACAGAGUUGUCAACAAUGGAUGAUUUUUGGUUUUCCAUUCGUUUUGAUUUCCGAAACAGGCUAAACCGGUUCUCGAAAGUGUGAGGGCGAACAAUGGAAAUAAAAGUAAUAUCUCAGGUACAUUUCAGCGCCCGUAUAUUGUGCUGUACUCCUUUACUGAUCUCUGUCUUCUUCUCCUCGGCUCGCGCCUGUCUGGUCGCGCUUUCUGCUGUUCCCGUCUCAAACAGCCCAAGUCCGCAUCCUAGUGUACUAAGUAGUGUGUUCAGAUAGUAAACACCUAUUUGGACGUGCUAUUUAGAACUGUAGUUUCUGGACCUAUAGCUGUGGUCGCUCGGAUUUAUUCCACUGGCCUGUAAACGAAUAGAGGAAGACGUGCUGAUGAAAUAAUCCGCUGUGGGAUUAUUUAUUGUUUUUCUGAGAGCAGGACAUGAAAGAGGGAUCUUGAAUAAGUCGUGCGUUUUGUGUCGUUUCUCAAGGCAUCUGUGAGAGCAGCUUUUUUUUUCAAUUCUGUUAUUUGAAACCGUGUGGGAUAUACAACUUUUCCAAAAAAAAGAAAGAAAAAAGAAAAGAUUUUAAAUAAAUAGUUGUCAUUAUUAUUAUUAUUAUUAUUAUUAUUAUUAUUAUUAUUAUUAUUUCCAAUAUGUAAAUAUG